AUGUUCAAACACAUUGAUUCAGCGUGUACAGCUGUAAGUUUAUCAGAGUUUGAGCAUCUCGCUAGCAGAACUCCUGGUAGCUUUUCUGAUCUUCCAACGGUGCUCAGGCUCCGCGUAGAUGAAUGCUCUUUAAGUGGUGAUUCAGAGCUAGAUAACAACCUCAAAUACACCGUUUUUAUCACUGAUAAAGAGCUCGUUGUCUUCUCGCAGUCAGUCUCUACGGGCAUCAGCUUGGAUUACCCUUCUAUCAUGCUUCACGCCGUCAGCGCAUCAACUAACUCUAUCUUCCUGCAAAUUGACGAACGUACAGAAAACAUAGACGACUUUGAGAGUAAGGAUAUUCACAUACAUCCUCAGAACCCUUCAAUUCUUCAUGAAAUAUACGAAAAACUCAGUUUCUGCGCUAGUUUGCACCAGAACAAGUUUCCAUCUGAGGAGGACGAUGACGGCGAUGCUAUGAUAGACGAUGGCGUUGGGCUCUCAGACCAGGGCGCUGCCAAUUUGGCCAGAUUCGACGAUAUGCUAGACAACCAAGACAAACACACUGACAAAAAGCAGAAGCAAUAA